AUGAAGAUUAACAAGAUAUUGGGGCGAGUCGGUGACGAAUCAGGAGUGUACUCAUUUGAGGGCCAGGCCGACACGUUGCCUUUGAUCCCUGGACUAGAAAUGAAAGGGGUCGGACCAAUCUCACUCCCGCUCAGCCAAGCCCAAGCCCUACUACUUAUUACAAAUUAUCUGCAAGGCUCCGAUUCUGGUAACUUUGCGAAAAGACAAUUCAACUCUCGUGGGCAAUUGCGACCAUACCAACUCGAUUUCAAGAAUACGGCGUGGCAGAUUGGCAUUGACAAGUUAGUGGAGAUUUUAGCUGGACAACUCGGUCACAAAGGAGUCGCAAUGCAGAGCCACUUAAGCAAAUUCUUGAUCCAUGGAGAAGGAGGUAGUUUUAUGAAGCGGCAAGUGAACAAAACCGGAAACGGGGUGAUAGCGACACUGGUAAUUCAACUACCAAGUUUGUAUGAAGGCGGCGAUCUUGUGGUGUACCGAGGUGGACUAGAAAAGCGUCGACAUGAUUUCGGAAAAGCAAAAGGUAUUGAGUCGUUUCUGCCUCAUUAUGUAGUCAUAUUUGCUGAUGCGGACUACGAGCUGGAAAAGGUGACGCAAGGAUAUCGUCUGACUAUGAUUUAUUCGAUUCAAUUGCCACCGUCGAUGCACCACCUAGCGAGGCCUUCCAUUAAACCUGCGAGCGAAGAUUUGGCCGGUGUGAUUAACACCCUGGACCCCGAUGUUUUGCACUACUCUUAA